AUGGCAUCUUCCGUGCGCCUCGGGCUCGUCCUGCUGUCGCUGUUGUCCGUCGGCAGUCAGAUGGUGGUGGGUCAACAUGACCCCCACUUUACUGCCGGCCGCAGCGGAAUCGUGCACCUGUUCGAGUGGAAGUGGAGCGAUGUGGCGGAUGAGUGUGAGCGGUUCCUCGCACCGAAGGGCUACGGUGGCGUCCAGCUAUCGCCGGCCAACGAGAACAUUAUCGUCCGACUGGAUGACGGUUCGCGCCCAUGGUGGGAGCGCUACCAGCCAAUCUCGUACAAGCUGGAGACGCGCUCCGGUUCGGAGGCGGACUUCGCGGAGAUGUCGCGCCGUUGCAAUGCGGCUGGCGUGCGUUUGUACGUGGACAUCAUCAUCAACCACAUGGGAGCGACGCAGCCGGUGGAACCGGCACCGGGCACCGGAAGCUCGACGGCCAUUCCCUCCGACCGUCAGUUCCCAGCGGUUCCGUACGGUUGGCCCGACUUCAACACACCGUGUGCCAUCAACAACUGGAACGACCCGGUGGAGAUCCGUAACUGCGAGCUGGUAGGUCUGCACGACCUCAACCAGGCCGUCCCGUGGGUGCGCGACCGUAUCGUCGACUUCCUGAACCACCUGAUCGAGCUCGGUGUGGCCGGAUUCCGAGUGGACGCCGCCAAGCACAUGUGGCCCGAAGACAUGGAGGUGAUCUUCGCUCGGCUGAACAACCUCAACACGGCGUACGGCUUCGCUCCUGGCUCGCGUGCCUUCCUCGCGCAGGAGGUCAUCGACAUGGGCCCGCAGGAAGUGGUCCGCAAGUACGAGUACACUCACCUCGGCACGGUGACGGAGUUUAUGUUCUCGUCCGAGCUGGGACGUGCGUUCAGCGGCAACAACCCACUCCGGUGGCUGUCGAACUUUGGUGAGGCUUGGGGUCUUCUGCCGUCGCGCGAUGCCUUCGUGUUCAUCGACAACCACGACAACCAGCGCGGCCACGACGGAAUCCUCACGUACAAGCAGCCGAAACAGUACAAGAUGGCGACCGCUUUCGCGGCGGCCUACCCCUACGGACAGCUGCGCACUAUGAGCUCGUUCGCGUUCACCUACUCCGACCAGGGUCCGCCGUCCGAUGCCCAGGGUAACCUCCUGUCGCCCAUCAUCAACGAUGACAAGUCGUGCGGUGGCGGGUGGGUGUGCGAGCAUCGGUGGCGUCAGAUCUACAGCAUGAUCCGGUUCCGCAAUCUGGCCUGGGGUACGCCCGUCCAGCACUGGUGGGACAACGGCAACAACCAGAUCGCAUUCGCGCGCGGCUCCGUCGGCUUCGUCGCGUUCAAUCUCGAGCCGGUCGACAUGAACGUCAUCCUGCAGACGGGUCUACCGGCCGGUAUCUACUGUGAUGUCAUUUCCGGCGCCAAGGAAGGCGAAACCUGCACCGGCCAGCGCGUGAUAGUGGAGCCGAAUGGGUACGCCUCGAUCUUCAUCUCCGCCACCGCCGAGGACGGAGUGCUCGCCAUCCACAGUGAGUCUCGCCUGUAAGCCGGAGGCACCACCCAAGGAAGCUCCUCGUAGGUGUCGACGUUGUACUGCAGCCACCGGAAGGCGCACAGUUUCGAGCAGAACAGCGCACUCAGGAGGAAGUUUCGGGCGUACUCUCUUCUGCAAAUAAACCAACCAACG